AUGGCUGUGGGCUGCCUGCUGGUGCUGAUGAUUAUGGCGCUGACCAGGGCAGGAGCGGUUCCUGGCCCCAAGCCCCUCGGGGUCCUCCCGGAUGCAAGGGGCUGCCACUUGGCCCAGUUCCAGUCUCUGUCCCCGCAAGAGCUGCAGGCCUUCAGGAGGGCCAAGGACACCUUUGAACAGUCGCUCUCCCUGAAGACCUGGAGCUGCCGCCCCCGCCUCUUCCCCAGGACCUGGGACCUGCAGCAGCUGCAGGUGUGGGAGCGCCCCGUGGCCUUGGAGGCUGAGGUGGCCUUGACCCUGAAGGUCCUGGAGACCAUGGCUGACAGGUCCCAGGGGGGCAUCCUGGACCAGCCCCUUCACACGCUGCGCCACAUCCACUCCGAGCUCCAGGCCUGUGUCGAGGCUCAGCCCCCAGCAGGGCCCCAGCCCCGAGGCCGCCUCCACCACCGGCUGCACCGGCUCCACGAGGCCCCAGAGAAGGAGUCCCUCAGCUGCCUGGAAGCCGCUGUCAUGUUCAACCUCUUCCGCCUCCUCACCCGGGACCUGAAAUGUGUGGCCAGUGGAGACCUGUGUGUGUGA